AUGUCCGAAACAAGCAGCAAAAUCUCUACCGACAAAACUCCAUCCGAGCCUACUCGUCCAAACACAAGUAGCUCCCUCGCAAGCAACCCAUUCACCCCCGCCCAUCCAAACACAAGCAGCUCCCUCGCAAGCAACCCCUUCGCCACACCCGUCUCCAGCCGCCCCCCCUCCAUCAUCGCAACAAGCACCCGCAUCGCCGGUCCCUCAAAAGUCUCCUUCUCCGAAACCACCUCGAACACCUCAAACUACCUCACAAUCCCACCACGCACCGGCACCAUCCCCGCCUCGCGCUCAAACCUCUCCGCCUGGUCCUCCUCCUCCCGCCUGAGCAACGUUUUCCCCAAAUCCGAGUCGUCUACUACUAGUGGCGUACAGUUCCGCGGAAUCAACGAUGCUUCAGCCAAACCACCCGUCCCGCGCAUGCGCUCACACAUGCUCCCGGAGGGCAUUGAGGUCCCCAAACCAUGGUCCGACGUCAAAAACCCGCGAGCGGCGAUUUCCUAUUGGAUGGUCUACGCGAUUGUUUUUAUGGGUCUAGCUGGGGGCGCUGUGCAGUGCUAUUUCACGUAUACGGGCGUAGCGCUUGAUAAGCAGCCGCUUUGUCUGGUGAUGGAGGAGAACUUUGAUAAUGAGACGGCCGUCUUUGGACCUGGUGGGACUUUUUUUAGGGAGGUUAAUAUGGAUGGAUUUGGGAAUGGCGAAUUCGAAAUGACAACCGCAUCAACGAACAACUCCUACGUCUCCAACGGGCACCUAUACAUCGUGCCCACCCUCACAUCCGACAACAUCGGUACAGCCGCCGUGCUCGAUGGGACGGUGUACAAUAUCACAGACUGUACAUUCAACACCACCGCUCCGGACAAUGGGUGGAUCGAUUCAGGGAGUGGAAGGGUGUUCGAUUGGGACUCGUAUUAUCGGAGUUGUAGUGCUGUUAGCAAUGCUACGAGUGGGAGUAUCAUCAACCCCGUGCAGAGCGCGAGGUUGACGACGCAGUUUAGUGCUAGUAUUAAGUUUGGGAGGGUUGAAAUCAGGGCGAAGAUGCCGAAUGGAGACUGGCUUUGGCCCGCUAUGUGGAUGUUACCCAAAGACAACGUUUACGGUGCUUGGCCUCUCAGUGGCGAAAUCGACAUUGUCGAAUCGCGCGGUAACGGCUUGCGAUACACUGCCCAUGGUUCAAACUACGUCAACGGCGCACUAAACUGGGGCCCAACGUUAAACCUCAACGGGGUAUCCCUAUCCCACUCCUGGUGGACCGAAAAACGCACAUCAUUCGCAUCUGAUUUUCAUACCUACGCAUUGGAGUGGACCGAGGAUUUCCUGCGGAUAUACGUCGACUCCCGACUCCACACGCUCCUAGACAUGCGCUUCAACAUGCCUUUCUUCCAACGAGGUAAUUUCCCAGAGGUCAUAUACAACGGAUCCUCCCGCACUCCCCUCCGGAACCCAUGGAUCAACGGGACGAGCGCCACGCCAUUCGACCAAGAAUUCUACCUCAUCUUAAACGUGGCGGUAGGCAGCACGAACGGGUGGUUCCCUGAAGGACAAGGCGACAAGCCGUGGCUGGAUCACGCCGCUAACCCGAUGCGCGAUUUCCUGAAGAACAUCAAGCAAUGGUACCCCACGUGGCCUGCAAACGCCGAAGAUCGUGCGUUGGUUGUUGACUAUGUCAAGAUGUGGAAACAUUGUUGA